CAGUCCAUCGUAGUACAUGUGGCAGUAAACGAAUAGUGACAGAUGGUCUAGUGGAAAGAAACCUCACGAUGCAUUACCUGUGUCUUCGAAAGGUCUUCCGAGGCAACGUCCAAUUCUUCGAGUCCAAACGGCGGGAGAGCGUCGAGUAUUAUCGAGAUUUGAACAAUCAACGUAAACUAGGUGUUGUUGGUGAGGUGAACGUGUCGUCCGACACGCGGAUCGCCGUCUUCAAGAAGGACGAAAAGACGAAGGAGCUCAUCAAGAAUGCGAUUCUGAAGAACAAAUUUCUAAACGACAUAGACGAGACGCAAAUAGAGAACAUCAUUUCGGUGAUGUACCCGAAACACGUUAAAGCUAAUACGAGAAUCAUCUACGAGGGUGAAACUGGUUCUCAUCUGUUCGUGUCCGAGGAAGGCACGUUCGAAAUCUACGUGGGCAGCACAUACCACGGAAGCUUCGGCCCCGGUGUCGCUUUCGGGGAGCUGGCCCUCUUGUACAAUACCAAAAGAUUGUGCUCCAUCGACGCGAAUACGAAUGGAAAGCUCUGGGUGCUUGACAGACACGUGUUCCAAACCAUAAUGACGAAGGGCACCGAGGAGGCCACGCAACGCAAUCUUCAACUGCUUCGUCGUAUCAAGAUAUUUAAGGACCUAUCCGAAGAGGCGCUUCUGAAAAUAUCCGACCUAAUAACGGUGGAAUUCUAUCCUGCGAACUCGUACGUGAUACACGAAGGGGACCUAGGGAACAAAUUCUACAUCCUGAACUGCGGGAACGUGCAAGUCACGAAAACCAGAUUGCACGGCGUACAGGAGGAACAGGUGGUGCUCAACAAGGGCGAUUAUUUCGGCGAAAAAGCACUGUACGAAAACGAAUCUCGUCGACAGGCGAACGUCAUCGCGUUGCCUCCCGGGGCCGAGUGUUACGCCAUAGAAAGAUCAGUGUUUCUGGAUUACCUAGGCGGGAUGGAGUCUAUCAGAAACAAAAACUGGCUGCGACAUCAGCAGUCGUACGAGCAGGACAACUGGAACGACGAGUUCCAGAAACUGACUGUGUCGGAUUUAGAAGUGGAAGGAACGAUCGGGACAGGUGGAUACGGUAGAGUGGAACUGGUGGUCGCGAAAUCGAUGCCCAAUAUGAGCUUCGCGCGGAAGAAGGUGAAGAAGGACAUGAUCACGCGGGGUGGGUUCCAGAAGAUGAUUUACAACGAGAAGAAUAACAUGAAGCUGUGCAAUUCGCCUUUCAUCUGCAAGUUACACAAAACCUUCAAGGACAAGAGGUAUCUCUAUUUCCUGAUAGAGGUGUGCCUCGGCGGAGACUUGAGGACAGCCUUGCACAGAAACGGCCGAUUCGAAAAUUUGACCGCUCGUUUCAUCAUCGCCUGCGUUGUGGAAGGUCUGCAUCAUCUUCACUCGCUCGGGAUCAUCUACAGAGACUUGAAGCCCGAGAACAUCGUGAUCGACAGUCGAGGCUACGCUAAGCUUACUGACUUCGGGGCCAGCAAAAAAGUCGGCCCGUAUAAGACGAAAACCUUCGUGGGAACGCCAGAGUACUUGGCUCCUGAAAUCAUUCAGUGCAAUGGCUACAACGCGGCGGCUGAUUACUGGGCACUGGGAAUCUUGACGUACGAAGUACUCCUGGGUCGAACACCGUUUCAAGACGUCAACGAUAUGGAGAUCUACAAAAAAAUUAUACAAGGUUUCGAUGAAAGACUUUUACCGCCUGCUGUGAAAAAUUCAGCGAAACAAUUUAUCGCGUCCCUGCUGCAGAAUAAUCCCGUUAAAAGGCUCGGUAAUCUGAUAAACAAUGUUGCCGAUAUUCGCAAUCAUAGGUGGUUUAAUUAUUUCAACUGGCAAGAGCUGCAAAACCAAACGAUGCCUUCUCCCAUUGUACCGAGGGUUAAAAAUCACCUCGAUAUGAGAAACUUCGAGAAAUGCUCUCCCGAUUACACGGCGUCACCAGCAGAUUACGCCGACUGGGACACUAAUUUCUGAUUUAAUAUAUAAAAUUACCGUAGAAAUGGUUUACUAUUAGUAAACUUUGUACUAGUUUGGCUAGAUUUCAGUAUUCAAUCCUUAUUUCGUACGGAAAUUUCAAAUAAACUACUUAAUAUUUGAAAGAAAUGUGCA